CUCUUAAAAAUGGCGUCUUGUGAAGCAAAUGAGCGAAAAUAGUGAGAGAGCGGAGGCAGCGAGCGGCGGAGCAGCUGGAUCCGACUGGAUGCGGCUUCGCUCGGGGAAGCUGCUGCUGAAGAACGCGGAGCAUCUGUUCCACGGCCCAUCCGCUUCACACAGGAGACAAUAGACAGUGAAAUAUAUGGAGAGGAGAGGAGGGAGGAGGUGCUCCUGGCUGCUGUGACCCCCCCCCCCUCCCCGCUCCUUCUCCUCCCUCCAUUCCUCCCAGUCUACAGGCUCGUCAAGCGGAGAAAUAAACAGAAGCGAGCUCAGAGAACAGAAGACAUUCCUCCCUCCCCUCCCCCUCACUAUCUGUUCAUCUUCAUCCAGCCCUUUCUUUCAUGGAGAGGAAUUAUCCCGCUGCAGGCUUCGGAGAUCUGGGGGCUGGGACGGGAUGGAGUUACGACAGAUCGGCCAAAGCAAGCCUCGUGUAUGGAAGCUCCAGGUCAUCCCACCCAGACUCAGAGCUGCUCCACCGGCAAGCCUACGGCACGCCCCACCCCCUCCAGGGCUAUGCAACCAAUCACCACCCAGGAAGCUCCAGACAGGGCGGGGCCUGGGGCACCGCUGGACGCACACUAGGUCUGUCGGGACUGUUUGAUGCCAGCCUCCACCAUGCUGGCCCCUCAGGUCCCGACCCCUCCGUCAUGAAUCUGAUCUCAGCUCUGGAGUCCCGAGGUCCACAGCCCCCGCCCUCGGCUUCCUCCCUCCUAUCCCAGUUUCGCACUCCCUCUUGGCAGACUGCGAUGCACACACCGGCCCCCCCGGAGCUCUUUAUUUCAGGGGCACUUCCGGGGUCCAGCUCCUUUCCCUCCUCCUCAGCCCUGUCUGCGUACCAGCAUCCUGGCUCCUUCUCUGGCCGAUCGUUCACUCCCUCACUGUCCCUGCAGGACACGCCUACGUUUAGCCCAACGUCCAAUGGUUUGCUCUCCCCCCAUGAUCCCCUGCUGCACAUCAAAACCCCCUCCCAAUCCAGUUUGGGCUUUGAUCGCUUACUGUCUUCCCAGAGUGCCACCUACCGGGGCUCCCAGGAGCCCCCUGCCCCUCCUCAGACCCAAGUCCCUUCCACCUCUUCCAGUUGCCACCUGCCCCCUCCCCAGUUCAACCUGCUAUCCUCCCAGCUCCACAACCAGUCCUCCCAGCUCUAUAACGCGUCCAUGUUCUCCCCCACAUCAUCCCUGCCGCCUGCAGCCCCCCCCCAGCCCCCACCUCCUCCAGAGAGGGCGGUGUCCCGGCAGGACAGUGUGAUCAAGCAUUACCAACGUUCGUCCCCAGCCCAGUCGACAACACUCCCCCUGCAACAGUAUGUCAGCUGUGGUGGGUCAUCGGGCUACCAGCAGAUAGCCAGCCACCACCGGCAUGCUGGGAUGUCCUGUAGUCCCCUGGGGGAGCAGAGUCCGUCCUCCGACCCCAAGCCCUCACCACGGAUGGAGUCCCAGACAUAUCGACCUAUCAUCCAGACUCCUUACACACCCUCAUCCUCCAGCUCCUCAGCCUCCUCCUCAUCUGCCACUAAAGGAGCCAAGAGUUCUAGCUCCAGUAGUGGCUACUCCUCUUCAGGUUCAGCCUCCUCCUCCUCCCGUGCCCCACACACUCCACCAUCAGCCUCCUCCACUUCCUCUUCAUCCUCUUCUAGCUCCAAGACAAGCACUGUCCCCUUGUCUGCUCCCUCUCGUCAGCAGCCCCCACCUCAGUCGGUGCCAGCGCCACCCCCUCUACCAGUGGUGUCAUCCACCCUCGUUCAGCAGCCAGCCCCCAAACAAUGCCUCUCCACGUACGGCUCUCCGUCUGUGGCCAACUCAAGCACAGGCCUACCGGACCAGACCCCCCCCCAUCCACAUGCCCAGUCCUACUCUCCCAACCAGCCUCCCUCUGCACACAUGGCCCAGUCUUAUGGAGGCUUCAGCUCACCUCACGCCCAGGACCUGAGCUCUGGAGCGGGGGGACCUGGAGCGAAGGCCUUCACUGGCAUAGGUACAGGAGGACGCUCGUUCUCUGCGGAGAUAGUCUUUGGGGACUCGAGCUUUGGCUCAGCUUCUCUCAGAGGAGCAGGCAGUCCGUCCUUAGGGUAUGGGAAUGCUGGGGGAUCAACAGGAAGUGGACCUGUAUCAGGAGCGCCUGGACUUGGUAGCGGAGUUGGAUCUGCAGGAUCAGGGAGUGGGGCUGCUAGUGUUGGUAACGGAGGCAGCAGCUCGUACCACCUGCCCGAGUCCAGUCUCUCGCCCUCCAUCAGUUCUACUAUCAGUCGCCCUGGGUUACACUCUCCUGCUGCUGCUCGCCCUGCGCAGUCCCCUGGAGGCUCCGGAGCCUCCAAAUACUUGUCCUCCAUCCUCUCUCCUGCUUUUAUGUCCUCACCACAAGGUUUCCCUGAUACACGGCAAGCGCAGAGCCAGUCCUACAACUCUUCACCACCCAAACCAAAAACGGAGACCAACAUGCUGGGAGUGGAGCGAUCCCAAGAUGAGGAAGAGGAUGAUGAUGAUUUCCUCAUCCAUCACUUACUUCAUGCCCAGAGCUCGACUCCCCAUCCUUCCCAGCAUCACUCACCGACUCAGCAGCUCCCCCAGCCACUCCCACAGGCGCGGGAUGGAGAAAGCAAGGAGGUCGCCUAUGACCUGAACAAGAUCUCAGAAGAGCGCUACCACGUUCAGAGCGUCAUUCGUACCAACAACACCACCAGUACUUCGGGUCUUGUUGACGCAGCAAGUCGCUUAAACAGUCAGCUGGAAAUAACACAGAAGAAACAGCAGCAGACCAAGUCAGAGCUGAACCUCCCCAAGUCCACCGCUGGGGGGGUCUCUGACUCUCUGUCCCACUCCCAUCAGCAACAGCACGACUCCAUGGGCUCCGUGGUCCAUUAUGGAAGAGGGGACCCCUACGCCCAGCACCCACACCCCCAGCAUUCCCAUCACACCUCACAUGUGUCCUCACACCCUCAGCACUCUCAAAUCCCCCAGCACACUCAACACACACAGCACUCUCAACACUCUCAGCAUGGUCAUCCUCAUUCCCACCCUCACACUCAUCCUCACAUGGAGCUGAAGAAGACUUCAGAUGCAAAUGACAAUGCGUACCUGUGUAACACACCAGAUGUGCAGCAGACCCGACAAAGCCAGGUCCCCCUCUCUCUGAUGGAUUCACCACCGGACCCUCCCCAUCAAGCUCACAUGCUGCAGUCUGUCCUUUCCCAUACAACCCGCACCAAGAUGGACCCCCAGCAAGCCCCUCAGCAACAGCAACAGCAACAGCAGCAUCCUCUGAGCCAGCAGGCCAUGAUGGGGUCAGCCGGAGGACCGGGGCCUACUGGGGUAGAGGCCCACCCACAGAACCACUCGUCACAGUUGCAACUCCAGCUGCAGACCCAGACCCACUACAGCAUCGGAGCCCAGCCAAGAGAUCAAAGCCGAGCCAGUCAGAACUCAGUGUCCUCACUAGACAUGCUAGACCAGUCUCUGUCCCGGACCAACAGCAUAGACAGCGGAGGAGCUCUGGAGAGAACUGGGGUUGGGGUGACUGUUACAGGGGGGGAGGGAGGUGGUGGGGACAGACAAAGACAGCAGCACAGACUUACACCCCACCACCUCCCCCAACAAACAGAUCUCCACGACUUCCUCUCGGAACCAGACUUGGGCUUGUCCACCCCCUCGCACCUGCAUCACAUCAGCCAGCCUCAGGCCCAUCCCCACCCUCACGGCCACCACCAACAGCAAGCACACGCACACCAUCAGCUGUCACACUCUCAGUUAGCUCACCCGCACUCCCACCGGAUGGCAGCAAAUAUGGGGACCCCGCAACAACAGCAACAUCCCCAACCCAGAGAGCCUGAGCUGUCCCACUCCCAGUUAGACCAGCUCAAACAGCACCAGUUUGACACAGUGAGCCCAGUGGGUAAAGUGGGACAGACUCAAGCUCAGCAGCAGCGGUUUGCGUCUCUGACAUCCAUCUGCUUUCCAGACUCUCUCUUGCACGAUGAAGACCGCUCCUUCUUCCCUGAGAUGGAGGACAUGUUUUGUCCAGCUGACUACAAGUCCAGCUGUGCUGCGGAUUCUGGAGCAGGACCGGCUGCUCAGGAAAGCCUGAACCAGGGUCACGUGCAGGGCCAAGAGGGGAUGGAGGCCUUAAAAACAGGAGGUGCUGGAGAGGGCUACGAUAUGGUUGGUCACCAUAGUGACCAAGGCUACGGACAGUACUGCCACAACCUUCCAGGAACAGGAAAUGGCAAUCUGCACCUAGACCUGGACUCUAUGAAGACCCAUGAGCUUCCCUCCACGGUGAAUACUGACCAGCUCGGCCUCAUCCAUUCCCAGACUCCCACUAUGGGAUUGAGUUCAGCAGUUCAAGGGGAUGGCACAGUCAACAAGAUGAUGGGAGCUGUGGGAGUGGGUGGUGGAUCAGGCGCUCCUGGUCUGACCUCACCUAUCUUCUGUUCGUCUCGACCCAAGAAGCUGCUGAAGACCAGCUCCUUCCACCUGCUCAAACAGCGGCGUGAGCCACAGCCUCAGACAAAGAAGAUCUAUGCGCAGGAGUACGAGUUUGAGGAUGAUGAGGAUAAAGCUGAUGUUCCAGCUGAUAUUCGCCUCAACAGUCGACGCCUUCCCGACCUGCUCCCUGACUUGGUGUCCAGUUGUAGGAAGGCUGGUGGGGCAUCAGGAGUAAGUGGGCUCAGUCCACUUAUGGGUGACAUGGAGUUCUGCCACCCCACCAGCUACUCUGCCCUUGGACACCCUCCACAGCUCCUUCCCCAUGAUGGCCCCAAGAAAAGGGGCAGGAAACCAACCAAACCAAAACGUGAGGGCCCUCCUCGCCCACGAGGUCGACCGCGCAUACGUCCUCUUCCAGAGCCUCCGUACUGCAGGGGGCUGAUGGGAUCAGUGGCCGGAGAAAGUAGGAGGGGUCGUGGUCGUGGUCGAGGGCGAGGCAGGAAGGAGGAAGGGCUUGUGGAAAUGCAUCGAGAUAUGAACAAAGCACAAAGCCUCCCAUAUCAGCAGCAGCAGCAGCAGCAGCAGCAGCAGCAGCAGCAGCAGCAGCAGCAACAGCAACAGUUCAGCCAACAGCAGCAUCUCCAACAGCAUCCACACCAACAUCACCGACAGCAGGCGGACCUCCAACAAGCACCACAGCAACAGCAGCAUCACCUGCAUCAUCAGCAGCAGCAGCAGCAGCAGCAGCAUGUUUCCUGUAAUCUUCACCAACCGCAUCAUCAACAGCAUCAUCACCAACAGCAACAGCAGCCGCAGCAAGAUCCCAUCAGACCUAUCACGAUCAAACUGCCUCUUCCCACCAUGCCUCCAUCUGAAUCCUUGCUGAGGACGGACUCCCUGUCCAGCACCGACCCGGUUCUGUCCGACGGAUCUGUGGGGUCGGCGCCAUCCCUGGGCCUGAGUCCUGGACCCAGCACCACCAUGGAUAUCAGCAGAACUGAGCUGAGCCAGACGCAGAACAAGAUGAUGAGGCAUCAGCAGAAAGAUGGAGAGAUGACGUGGAAGAAAGACGUGGACGAUCCUCUGAACUCUGAGGCCUGGGCUGCUCUUCACAAACUCUCCAGCUCAGCUGAUGACAAGGCGUUCGACUUCAAACCUGGCUUCAUGGCCUCUUUCCUGGACUUCCUGAAGACAGGUAAAAAACAGUCGGGCCUGGACCAGGGACCUGACGGAGAUGAGCAGGAACCCCUGAACCCCUGCUCGUCUCUGAAGGGAGGGAUCACGCCCUUAUCCCCGCCUCCUCCUCCCCUACCACAAACUCCUCCUCUGCAGGCUCCCGGAUCCUUCGGUGAGGGAGGGCAGGGUGAGGGGGAGGACCUGGCUCUCAGCAGCUGCCCCAGUCCCUGCAAGCCUCUGGAUGAUGAGCUGAAAAGGAACCUGGAGACGCUGCCCUCCUUCUCCUCUGAUGAGGAGGACUCGGUGAGUAAGAACCAGGAUCUGCAGAAGAGCAUCUCAUCUGCCAUCUCUGCCCUCUAUGACACCCCUCACUCUCUGGCUGCUGCAAUGGCUUCUGCUAUGGUCAAAGCCCCGCCCACUCUGUCCCCACCUACCCCACAGGAGCCGCCGCUCAGCCCCCCUCUCCCCGCCAUGCCUCCACUCAUCCCCAGCAUGGAGAACGGAAAAGAGGAGGCGCUCACGUACACUCAGCAUCGCACACAGGAUGAGGAGCAAAACCUGGUCUCCCCAGAGUCCAACAGAGAGAAAGCAGAGGAGAGGGAGCCUGAACGAGGAGCAGAGGAGGAAGAGGAGGAAGAGGAGGAGGAAGAGGGGGAGGAGGUAGGAGGAGAGGAGGCUGCGGACAAUAAACAAAUGAUGAGAGAUCCAGAGAAUCUGCAGCCGGGGGCCCUGGAGGAGCAGGAGGAGGAGGAAGAUGAAAGGAUGUCUGACAUGCAGAUUUUGGAGGUUCCUAAGGUUGAAGAUUCUCCAUCAGGACCUGUGCUCGCUCCUGCACUUCCAUCUCCAUUACCAUCCAUCUCCCCCUCACCGCCCACCUACUCAUCACCAUCACCCCUCCCUCCCCCGUGCCUCUCUGUACCCUCCCCUCUGCCAGUCCAGCAGGGUGAGGAGGGGGUGAGUCCAGCCUACCCUCCCUCUGAGCAGCAGCAGCAGCAGCAGCAACAGCCCUCCUACCAACCACCUCCAGCGGCAGGCACCUCCCCUCCCCCCUCCACCUCCCCCCCGGCCAUCCCAUCCUCACCACUCUCCAACCUUCCCCUGGCCCAGUCCAUCCCCCCUCCAUCCACCACUCCUCCCCCAUCAUCAUCUGAUCAGGACCAGGAACCUGAAGCUGGGCAGCCUUCCCCCUCUUCACCCUCCUCUUCCUCGCCCUCUUCAUCCUCCUCUCCGCCACCAUCACCUCCAACCCCGGAGGAGGCCCCAGCAUCGCAGCGCCUCACCUCCCUCCACCUGGCGAAGAAGCAGGCUGACGCCGCCAUCGCUGGGGAGAGUGAGGAGGAGGACAGCGAGAGCGGGGGCGAGGGGAUCUUCCGCGAACGAGAUGAGUUUGUGGUUCGAACCGAGGACAUCGGGACCCUCAAGAUGGCCUUGCAGACAGGCCGGGAGCCCCCGCCCAUCUGGAGGGUGCAGAAAGCCUUGCUCCAGAAAUUCAGCCCAGAGAUCAAAGAUGGUCAAAGGCAGUUCUGUGCAACCAGUAAUUAUCUGGGUUACUUCGGUGAUGCCAAAAUGCGCUACCAGCGUCUGUACGUGAAGUUCCUGGAGAACGUCAACAAGAAAGAUUAUGUCAGAGUGUGUUCUCGAAAGCCGUGGCACAGAGCCGGACUGACUCUGAGGAGACAGUCACUCCCCAAACAGCUGCCCACCAUUCACAGUCAAACCCCCCCUCGAGUGGACAGAGACGACAAGGAGAGACAGAGAGAAAGAGAGCUGAAGGAGCAGAGAGAAAGGGAGCACAGGGAGAAGGAGGAGAGAGAGCAGAAAGAGAAGGAGAGACUGGAGAGGGAGCAGAGAGAGAGGGACCGCAAAGAAAGAGAGAAGGUGGAGAGGGAAAAGGAGGACAGAGAGCGAAAGGAGAAUGAGCGAAGAGAAAAGGAGAAAGAAAUGGAAUGGGAAAAGGAGGAGAGUGAAAGGAGGGAGAAGGAACUGAAAGAGAGGGAAAGGAGAGAGAGAGAGCAGAAAGAGAGGGAGCUAAAAGAGAGGGAAAAGAGGGAGAGAGAGCAAAAAGAGAGGGAGAAGAAAGAGAGAGAGCAAAAAGAGAGGGAGUUGAAAGAGAGGGAGAGAAAGAACAGGGAGCAGAGAGAAAAGGAGAAACAGGAGAGGGAGCGAAAAGAAAGAGAGAAACAGGAAAUAGAAAGGAAAGAAAAAGAGAGACAAGAAAGCGAGAGACAAGAAAGAGAAAAGAAAGAGAGGGAGAAACAGGAGAGGGAGCGAAAAGAAAGGGAGAGACAGGAGAUAGAAAGAAAAGAAAAGGAGAAACAGGAAAGAGAAAGGAAAGAAAGGGAGAGACAGGAGAGAGAAUGGAAAGAAAGAGAGAAACAGGAGAGGGAGCGGAAAGAGAGGGAACAAAAACAAAGGGAGAAACAGGAGAGAGAGCAAAGAGAAAAAGAGAAAAAGGAGAGGGAGCAAAGUGAGAGGGAGAAACAAGAGAGGGAAAGAAGAGAUAAAGAGAGAGAAAAGAGAGAAAGGGAGCGGAGAGAGAAGCAGAGAGAAAGAGAGCAGAAGGAGAGUGAAAAAGAGAGGGAGCAGAAAGAAAACGAGGGAAGAGAGCGGGAGAAAGAGAAAAGGGAGAGAGAGGAGCGAGAGAGGAGAGGUGACACAGUGGAGUUUGCAAGGUUGAAGGAGGAGAAGAGGAUGGAGCAUCAGUCCAGAGCCAAGACGUCAAAGGACAAGGCAGAGCCUCCUCCCAAGAAGAGGAAGAAGUGGCUGAAGGAGGUGCCGUCCUCCUCCUCUGAGUCUGACUCCUCUCCACCCAGUGAUGAAGAAGGGCCUGUUCGAGGUGGAGUCAACAGCCGAGCCAUGAGGGAGAUGUUCAGGAGCUAUGUGGAGAUGCUGGUCAGCACAGCACUCGACCCUGAUAUGAUCCAGGCCCUGGAGGACACUGAUGAUGAGUUGUACCUCCCACCCAUGAGGAAAAUUGACAGCCUGCUGAGUGAGCAGAAGAAGAGGUUGUUGAGGAGAGUCAACAUGAUCGCUCAGCACCAGGAGGCUUUACAUAUAUUCCCCAAAAUGACGGCCGACCCGCUGGACUCUGGAGCCGUCAAAGUUCAUCUUGGUGGGGAUGGCUACAACCGCAAAACUCUCAGCCGGGUCAAGAGGAGUAUUCCCAAGCAACAGGAUCUGAAGAUUUCCAUUGAGACAUGUCGGAUCUACAGUCUGUAUCAUUCCCUGCACCACUACAAGUAUCACACCUUCCUGCACUGUAAGAAGGAGACCGACAGCAUCGAGCAGGCGGCGGAGGACCCCGGCCAGGAGGAGGUGGUGCAGCAGUGCAUGGCUAACCAGGGCUGGCUGGAGAGUCUCUUCAACUCCUUCAUGGAACUACUGGGCCUCAGCGCCAAGGCCUGAAGGAGGACCACAGCCCCACCCUCCAGACUCACACGCCCACCUGCAGUGUUAAGUAGACGGUGGCGAAGAAAAAGAGUCAGACUACAGAGACCGUGUGGAUGCUGGGAGAGGCUCCAGCAUGAACAGCCACUGUGGGUUUGUUUAACUUUGAACGUGUUUGUUUUCUUAUUGAAUCCAUGUUAAAGUUCCUCUGAUUUCAAGACGGAGGCUCGUGAACUAUGUGAAUGUGAUGGAUUUUCCUCAGACCACGAGGUCAGUGUUACAGAAGAGACUUGCAGAAUAUUAACACACACAGACACACACAAACACACGCACACACACACACGCACGCACACACACACACACAAACACACACACACACACACAUGCGCUGUCUAUAAGUAUGUAUUGAUAACUAUGGUUUGUAUAAUUUAUACAAGGACAUUUUUAAAAUGACUGUCUUCAGAUGAGAUUGUUUGCCGUUAUUAUUUUUGAAAAAUGCUUUAAAGGGGUGAACAUGAAAUGACCCAGGCGACAGGUGAGACCAGAGCGGAGUGAGACCGAGGUCAGGUUCAGGACUAUGUGAUAGUCUCUUGGUUCUACCUGCCUCACUGAGACUGAGAUGUAUUUAAACUAAGCUGUGUUCUGUUUGUUCUUCAAAAGACGAGAGGAGAUGUCAUGGCUGUAAUGACGAGGAGGGAAAAAAUAAAUCGACUUCCUGAGAGGAAGUGUGAGGAGAAAUGAUCCAAAAGCAUCAAUGUCAGUGUUUAAUGUGAGUCAUUUUUAUCUGUUUGUUGUGGACUGAUAUUUCCUAUGAUUUGAUGUGUACAUAUUGUACAGUUACUUCAUUCUCUAGUUCCCAGUUGCUCUUCUGUACAUGAAAUUCCUGUAUUUGACAUAAUGAAAUAAAACUGUUCAAAUGACAAACGUGAUGAUGAAUAAACGACCUUGUGCUAAAGUCA